GACCACUGACCGACCGAUUGAGUCUUAGGUGCUCCAAUUGCAAUAUGGCCUACUCUGCCCAAGGUGGGCCUCAACAGACGGUCAGCUCACCAACGAGCAGUGCCACAUACCCACUCUCACCGCGAUCUAGCGUGCCGAGCUACAUCCGACGCUCCUCUGCCGUCUCAUCGAUCCUCGGCGGCAACUCCAGGGACAGCGCCGUGCCCGGCGGCAGCGCCAGCGUCCGCAAUAGCACCCUCCCUUCGACCCCCACCACUGCCAGUAGCAGUACAGGUGCGUCCUCGUACUUCGGAGGAGGCUCUUCGUCGACGACUGUCGGUCCAUCAUCUGGGCCGCCUGACAUCCUCGACAGGCCAAGAGAUAGAUCAAAGAACUCAGAAGUGGCCAGCAGUGCCCUUACAUUUCUCUAUGCUGAGAUCGUUGCCUAUACCCAAGGUCGAGUGACAGGAAUCUCCGACCUCGAGCGAAAACUCUCACUGAUGGGCUAUCGUGUCGGUCAGAGGAUGGUGCCGAUGCUGGUUCAUCGGAAUGAGUUUCCGACACCACCUUCGCUCUCGUCUGGCUCGUCAAUCUAUGGGCGCCAGCCAAAGAGGGAGACGAGGCUCUUGCCCGUCCUGCUCUGGCUACAUACACAUCUUUGGAAGGCCAUCUUUGGCAGGCCAGCCGACAGUCUCGAGCGGAGCACAGAAAGGAGCGACGAGUACAUGAUCUCGACCAACACACCCUUCUUUGCGAGGUCUAUGUCAGUCCCAAAGGAGAUGAGCCAGCUCUGCGUCGAGGCAUUUACUGCAGGGAUCGUCGAGGCAGCCCUCGACGGCCUUGGUUUUGUGGGUCACUUUUCAUUUCAUCUUGCAGGCACACGUCGUGAAAAGCUCGCUUACCUCGCUUCUUGAUAUCUGGCAGCCGGCUCGGGUCACAGCACACAGCGUACCAGCGCCAGAGAACCCACAGCGGGUCACGAUUCUCGUCAAGCUAAACAAGGAGGUCAUGGAGAGGGAGGAGGCUCUCGGACCGGCGGCGUGAUUGCUAAGGAACCCAACAUCAGAUUUGUAAUUUUACGGCUACUCUACUCUACUCUAGUGGGCACAAAUAGCAGCGCAGGUAUCACACCUGCGCUGAAGCAGUGAACGAAGGGGAAUAUUUCACAG